UCAAAAAUGGGUGCAGAUGGAGGAACUAUUCCAAAACGUUGUGAACUUGUACGUAAAAAGAAAAAGAAGGAAAAAAUUGAAAAGAGUUACGAAGCAGCAACAAAGUGGCGAACUUGUCAACUUUCGCAAGAACCUUUAAAGAAGCCUGUUGUUGCCUGCAAGCUUGGAAGACUUUACAAUAAGGAAGCAAUUUUGGAAGCAAAAUUGAACAAAACAUUGUCAACCAACCAAGCAACAGAACACAUCCAUUCAUUAAGUGAUGUUAAAGAAUUAAAGUUGGUAGAUAAUAAAGCUUGGAAAAAUGAAGGGGCUGAAAAAGGGGAUGUUUAUAUCGACAUGAAUGAGACUCCUUGGAUAUGCCCAAUUACUUCUCUUCCAAUGAAUGGAACUAGCGCUUUUUUUGUCAAUUGGUUGUGUGGAUGUGUUUUUUCUGAAAAGGCUGUUAAUGAAUUAAAACCUGAUGCUUGUUUAGGCUGUUCUGGUCCUUUUAAAGAAGAAAACUUGAUAAAAUUAAAUCCAGAAGAUGAAUUACUAGAUUUAUACAAAAAACGUAUUGCUGUAGAAAUUGAAGAGAAGAAACGCAAAAAGAUGGAAAAGAAAGAGGAAGGAAGUGGAGGAAAAAGAAAAAUGGGCGAAAAACCAAAAGAAGUUGCUAAAAAAGUCAAAAAAGACGAAGAAGUCAAAAGUAUUCAAAAUUCUAAAGAUUUACCUCAAAGUGUAAAAUCUAUAUUUACAACAAGUGAAGAAGCUAAACAACAACCUAGAGCACAUUGGGUUACUCAUAAUCCUUUAUAUUAUUAA